AUGACGGAUGCACAAACGUCCCAGGGUUUUGUGCGAGCCUUGAAGGCAGCCUCUGAUCCACCAAUCGCUGGAGGUCCCUUCAAAAUUGAGAUUGCACGGCGGGCUUGGGACGACGCGUCUUUCCAUGUACCAUGCAAGUCGGAAGUGGUCGCAGAUUGGGUGCUCACUAAAUUUAUGAAAGAAAGGACUAGAGGAUUCUCAGCCAACCCCUUGAUCGACAUACGGUACUGGAAACUCCUUUUAGACGUGAUUUCUUCGCAAGACAAUGCUUCCCAAGCUCAAGAAGGCUCCACUUCACGUCUACCAAAAACAUGGCUCUCUGCAUUGCUCCUCCGCAUACCCAUCAGCGUAAUCCUCCUCUCUUUUCUCACUUUGCUCAAGGAGGCUAGGCCAGAUGAUUUGGAGCAGCUUAUCUCGGUUGUUCACUCCUGUCUCUUUCUUCUUUGGCCUGUAGGACUCAACAAGAUGAAUACCGAAUUGCUACUAGAUUGUUGGGGAACUUUUCUCCAGAUAUUUGAGGAAACUGGGCCAACUGAAGGAUUCUCCAAAAUUGGAGCUCUUCUUUCCAAGUCAUACCGUAACUCUUUAGCGAUUUCUUCGGGAAAGAAAAAGAUGUACAGCACUUUCGUCCAAUCCUACCUUCCCCACUGGUUGAAAUGUAUUGAAUCGCCUAUUAAUGCUACGCAAGAUGCUGCAUUUCACGAGAUCAUAUUCAGCGCUGGUGCUGAGACCCUCUUCAAUCUUGAGAUUCUGCGUCAAUCGCAAGACGUAAAGGUGGAAAAUACAAUUUUUGAUGCAUUUGACAACCUCGGGAAAUCACACAAACCUUUUAUUUUGGAAGCGCUUCCCAAGCUGUUCUCACAAUAUAUUCAGUCAAUAUCGAAAUAUCGCAGUGCUUUGUUUGGCCAAGGAUCCCAGCAACAAGCCGGCACUGCGUUGAAUCAACUGCAUGCUGCAGGAAUGGGUUUCUUCACGUCUUGUCAAGUUUAUUUGGAUGAAACGGAUGACCACGAACGGGCGUGGACAACGAGGGCCGCUCUCCUCGACAUUGUCGAGGAAGAAAACCUAUUUGACAGAACGCUGGACGUCGACCGCGUUUUCAAUCGAAGUAUUGAAGCGUCUAUUGCUAUUCUGGCUAGUGAACAGAGUCUGGAUCAGACAGGUGUAAUCACUUUAUCGCUACGAUGCCUUACCGCAAUAGCUCGUAUUGACCAUGACCUCAUCGUUCCUUCGAUUCCCCGCAUCUUCUCCCAACUUAUAUGUAUUUCCGCAGUUGAUCAAGAUCAACGUGGGUUUCUUGAGUUGAUGAUCGAUUACUACACCAAGACGAGAACCAUGGACAUUCAUCUUGAAAACCUAUUCGCUUGCCUGCUUUCAAGCAAAUCAGAAUCUUGCAGAGAUUGUCGACAACGCUAUCAGAUCGGUCUUUCCAGUCCUAUUCUACACCCCUUGCACUUGACCCGACUUUCCAAAGCACUCAAGUUCCUGACCCCAAAUCAAUGCUUACCGUCGUUAAAAAGUGCUUUUGAAAUUUUGUCUAGUAUCUGGCACAAGUUCAAAGCUGCAGAUCAUCAGAAAGGCGGGGAACAAAGCAAGGGAUCCGUAAAGAAGAAAGAAACAGUUGGGAAGCAGGAAUAUCAAGAUAUGGAUCCCGAAAGUGUUGCCGUUACGUACUGCUUAGUCGCUAGGUUGGCCUCGACUUUGCUCUUCUCCUUGCCAACGCAAUCCCUACCACCAAUGUCGCAAGAGAAGGUUCGCGAAUGUAUAGAAGAAUUUCGAGCAUCAUUCUUGCAGAAGACACUCUCCAAAGUUCUCAAACUCGCUCUGCAAGACAGUAAUACUUGGCCUGCUCAGGUUAUCGCAGCCGCUACACUUCAAGUUCAAUACACUUUAGACAGGUCAACAAAUGUCGCGUUGUCACCCAACUUCGACUCAAAAUUGAGCAAGAAAAUGAUGAAUGCCCUCGAGGAUGAUGAACUUCUACCCGAGCUCAGCCUUGAAAUCUUUCGCCAUCAUCUACACUACGCCUCUGCAAUGGAUGCUUCUGUUUCGCAGGUGGUCGUUGAGAAAUUUUUAUUAUAUCUGGAGAGAAGUUUCACUCCAUCAGAUGUUGUCUGGUCAGGCCAACCACAUCAUUUAACCUUUGGCCAGCCUGGAAAAGCAGAAUGCGCUCUUGCAUUGCUGCACUUGAUCCUCGAGCGGUGGCUGCCCACUGUCGAAAUCCUGGCGACACCGGAGCAACUAACGCGGCUUCUAAAAGUAAUUAUGAGGGUCAAAAUUCCUCUGGAAAUCUGUAAUCUUGAAGGGCAACUCCGGCCAGAGCAUCUGCUUUUACGAACGCUUCAUUCGGCUGAAUUUUGGGAACUCCAUAUAAUGCGAAACGUAUUUCUAGCACAUCUUGAUGAAAUCACUGCAUUCCUCGACGAAGAUUCUUCUGACAAGUUGGAAUCCUCACAAAUUUCCGACAUCACUUCGGUAUACCGACUUCUGCUCUUCUCUCCUCCCGAAUAUUUCACCAAAACGAGCCGAAGUGACCUCGUUCGAAGGGCAUUGAAGGCUGAUAGUCGUCUUAGCCACUUAUCAUCCAGCAGUGACGAGCUUUUGGCCAACUUCGAGGCCUUGUCAAUCAUUCGUGUCUUUUUGAAAAGGAUAGCGUUGCAUAUCGGCUCAAAUGAACAAUCUCCAGCAGACUUGGCCAAUCUCAUCCUGCGCUUGUUGGAUCAAGAAAAAUCAAAUACUCCUUUUCCCGAGUUUUUGACGACUCCUACACUCGAUUUGAUAGAUUUAUAUUUCUUGUGCGUCUUUCAAGGCCCUACGAAAGACGAACCUUUCAUCUGA